CACCCUGCGAGUUUGUGAAUUUAACUGUCGCAGUUUUUUUACGUGCAGGUUCAAAGACACAAACAAACGUCCACCGCACAAGGGUCGUCAUUAUCUGUGAACUAAUUUGGCUUUUUUUUUUAGAUUUAACUUCGUCGAAUAGCAAUGGGACGUGAGUCGAGACACUACAGGAAACGUUCCGCGUCUCGGGGACGGUCAGGUAGCCGAUCUAAGAGUCGCUCCCCGGACAAACGCUCCAAGAAAGACGACCGAAGCAGGCGGGAGCGUUCACGGAGCCGGGACCGCCGCAGGUCCCGGUCCAGAGACAGAAAACGAGCCAGAAAGACAACAGGCAAUGGAGUAACACGACCCAACCAGGAAACAGGAAGGAUGUUCCACCUCUCCAAAUCCAAUCUGAUGCGUUCAAACAGGCGCUCCAGGAGCAGAGAAAGGAGGAGGUCCAGAAGCAGAGAGAGGAGGAGGUCGGGCAGCAGGACCCGAGUCCGGAGGUCCCGAUCUGGGAGCCCCGGCAAGAGCAGGAGACCAGAUGAAAAGUCAAGGAGCAAGGAGAAAGACAGCAUUGAUCCUUUAUCUGAAAAGAAAAAGAUUAAAGAGGAGAAAGAGGAUGAGAAGGUUGAGGAUCAAGACUUUGACCAGAACAAGCUGGAGGAGGAGAUGAGGAAGAGGAAGGAGCGUGUGGAGAAGUGGAGGGAAGAGCAGAGGAAGAAGGCCAUCGAAAACAUUGGAGAGCUCAAGAAAGAACUGGAGGAGAUGAAGCAGGGCAAGAAGUGGAGCCUGGAGGAUGACGAUGACGAUGAGGAAGAUGUUUCAGCUACAAUGGAUGGAGACGAUGAUGAAGAUGGGGAAGAGAAGGGUGAGCUGAAAGAGAAGGAGAUAAAAGAGGAGAAAAUAGAGGAGGAGGAGAAGGAGACUCUCAUGGAGCAGCAGGCCGAGGACGACGACGUGGAUCCUCUGGAUGCCUACAUGGAGGAAGUGAAACAGGAGGUGAAGAAGUUCAACAUGGGAGCCAUGAGAGGAAAUGAUAAGAAAGGAGCAAUGACCGUAACCAAAGUGGUGACAGUUGUUAACACCAAGAAAGGACCUCACACUCACAAGAAGAAGGGUGAGCUGAUGGAGAAUGACCAGGAUGCUAUGGAAUACUCAUCAGAGGAGGAGGAGGUUGAUCUGCAGACUGCUCUGACGGGCUUCCAGACCAAACAGAGGAAAGUCCUAGAGCCAGUUGACCACGGGAAGAUCCAGUACGAGUCGUAUCGCAAAAACUUCUAUGUGGAGGUCCCUGAGCUCGCCAGGAUGACUCCGGAAGAAGUGAAUGCGUACAGGCUGGAACUGGAAGGCAUUAUCGUUAAAGGGAAGGGCUGUCCCAAACCCAUCAAGGCCUGGGUGCAGUGUGGGGUGUCUAUGAAGAUCCUCGGUGCUAUGAAGAAGCACGGCUACGAGAAGCCCACCCCCAUCCAGGCCCAGGCCAUACCUGCCAUCAUGUCGGGCCGAGACCUCAUUGGCAUCGCUAAGACCGGCAGCGGGAAAACCAUAGCCUUCCUGCUGCCCAUGUUCCGACAUAUCAUGGACCAGAGGCCCCUGGAGGAAUCCGAGGGACCAAUUUCUGUAAUCAUGACUCCGACCAGAGAGUUGGCUCUGCAGAUCACCAAGGAGUGUAAGAAGUUCUCCAAACAGCUGGGACUCAGGGUGGUGUGUGUUUAUGGAGGCACGGGGAUCAGCGAACAGAUUGCUGAGCUGAAGAGAGGAGCUGAGAUCAUCGUGUGCACACCGGGAAGAAUGAUUGACAUGUUGGGGGCCAAUAGCGGUCGAGUCACCAACCUACGCAGAGCUACAUAUGUGGUGUUGGAUGAAGCAGACAGGAUGUUUGACAUGGGCUUCGAGCCACAGGUGAUGCGUAUUGUGGACAACGUGCGUCCAGACCGUCAGACGGUGAUGUUUUCGGCUACCUUCCCUAGAGCCAUGGAGGCGCUGGCUCGUAGGAUCCUGGCCAAGCCCAUUGAGGUCCAGGUGGGAGGCCGCAGUGUCGUCUGCUCUGAUGUGGAGCAACACGUGCUGGUGAUUGAGGAGGACAAGAAGUUCCUGAAGCUGCUGGAGAUUCUGGGUCACUACCAGGAGAAGGGCUCGGUCAUCAUCUUUGUGGACAAGCAGGAGCAUGCAGACGGACUGCUCAAAGACCUGAUGAAAGCCUCGUACCCCUGCAUGUCACUGCACGGAGGAAUUGACCAAUACGACAGAGACAGCAUCAUCAAUGACUUUAAGAAUGGAGCAUGUCGUCUGAUGGUGGCCACCUCUGUGGCAGCCAGAGGCCUGGACGUCAAGCAGCUGAUCCUGGUGGUCAACUACAACUGUCCCAACCACUACGAGGACUACGUCCACAGAGCCGGACGCACAGGCCGAGCAGGCAACAAGGGCUACGCCUACACCUUCAUCACAGAGGAUCAGGUUCGCUAUGCUGGGGAUAUCAUCAAAGCCUUGGAGCUGUCCGGCUCUCCUGUCCCACCUGAACUGGAGCAGCUUUGGGCCUCCUUCAAAGACCAACAGAAAGCGGAGGGUAAGACCAUUAAGAGUAGCAGUGGCUUCUCAGGAAAAGGCUUUAAGUUUGACGAGACCGAACACGCCUUGGCCAAUGAGAGAAAGAAGCUGCAGAAAGCUGCUCUUGGACUGCAGGACUCCGAUGAUGAGGAUGGAGCCCUGGACAUUGAGGAGCAAAUCGAGAGCAUGUUCAACUCCAAGAAGAGGGUGAAGGAUCUGUCUGCUCCUGGGGCGGCCACCGGUCCUGCAGGAGCAGGUUCGGCCACAGCAGCCGCCCCCGGAGGGCUGCCAGGCCUCGGACCCACGUCUGCUGGAAACAUCCAGAAACUGGAAAUGGCCAAGAGGCUGGCGCUCAAGAUCAACGCUCAGAAGAACCUGGGCGCCGAGGCUCAGGACGUGAUGCAGCAGGCCACUAAUGCCAUCCUGCGGGGCGGCACCAUCAUGACACCCUCGGUGUCAGCCAAGACCAUCGCAGAGCAGCUGGCGGAGAAAAUCAAUGCCAAGCUGAACUACACCCCCGUGGAGAAGCUGGAGGAGGAGCGGCAGGCGGCUGAACAGGCCGAGACCAUCAAGAGAUACGAAGAGGAGCUGGAGAUCAACGACUUCCCUCAGACGGCCAGGUGGAAGGUGACAUCUAAAGAAGCUCUGCAGAGGAUCGGUGAAUACUCUGAAGCCGCCAUCACCAUCAGAGGAACCUAUUUCCCUCCAGGCAAAGAGCCCAAGGAGGGAGAACGCAAGAUCUACCUGGCUAUUGAAAGUGCAAAUGAAAUGGCUGUGCAGAAAGCCAAAACGGAGAUUACUCGGCUAAUCAAGGAAGAGCUAAUCAGAUUACAAAAUUCCUACCAGCCGACGAGCAAAGGCCGGUACAAAGUGUUGUAGAGGAGAAAGCGAGGCUCGCUGGAGGAGUUUCUAUCUCUCAACAGUCUCCUGUCAUCUCUACAGUUUCAUCAAAGUGGUUGAAUAUUUUAGUCUAUAUUUUUAAUAAUGUUUCCUUCAAUUACUUAAGUUUAGUGUAUGAGGGGGAAAAGAGGAAAAUUAAAACAAAACCAGUUUCCUCUGUGCUUCACUUGAGUGUCCAAUGAAUUUAUACCUACAGACUAUAAAUACCAAAAUGUCGAUUCUGUGUUGACCUCUAGUGUCAUUGAGCCAUCACAAUUGUACAGUGAGCUAUCUGCAAUUUCUUUUAAAUGUAAGACAUUUUUUCUUUAAUGUUGGGUUUUUUUGCAUCAGAUUUCACUCUGUUGUAUGUACAAGCAACAAACCAACCGUAGUCUUUAUAAAGAGAUCCUCAGAUGAAAGUUUUUACUUUUCCUCACAAUAAAACGAUGUGUUGCUAAGGAAAUAAACUUGAUUUGUCCAGCUGUUUGCAUUAAUACAUCUGGCAGAUACUGUGUGCCCUUA